UCUCCGAACUAGUACGAAGGGGAACGGAAGUACUCGAACUAACUGAGAAUCGUCGGCAACUGCAUGUCAAGUUUCACAUUAAUCACUGAAAACUGUUUUCUUCGAAAUCGUGUUAAAUAAAUUGUUAGCGGACAAAUUUAAUAAAUAUCGUUGGUCCGGAAACGAAACACUUCGAGUUAAACACAAGAAAGAUGGUAAACGAGGAAAUAGUGGAAAUAAAUAAAAAGCCAAUGCCAGUUUAUAAAGAUCCAACAUUUCAACAACGCUUUCGACCAACAAAUAGUUCGGGGAAAAAACGCAUUUGGCGUUCAUUGAAGCAAGUACUUGCACAAGAACGAGCCCUACCAUGGUCCAGUGACAUUGUACAUUACAGUUCAAUUAAUGCACCGCCAAGUUUUAAGCCGGCGAAAAAAUAUUCCGAUAUUUCUGGCUUAUCAGCACGUUACACGGAUCCACAAACAAAAUUAUAUUACGCGACAACCGAGGAAUUCACAACAGUACGUAGUUUACCAAUGGAUAUUACUGCCGGUUAUUUAGCGUUGCGCGGUGCCUCAAGUAUUGUAGGUUAAAAACUUUAUUUUUUCGGCAACAAAAAAAUGAAAAUUGUGUUCUAAAUUUAAAAAAAAAAAUUUAAUCUAUACUUACAAUAAAAUUUAUUCUAUUCUUACAAAAAAAUGAAAAUGAAAAAAAAAUGUAUGUAAUA